AUGGCUAUUUCUAAAGUAAUGUGGGUGUUCUGCCUCCUAGCUUUACUGGCCUUCACUUCUUGUUCCUAUCAUGUACGAGCAGACGAUCAUGCCACCAAAGAGAAAAAUGAGGUGAUGGAGUAUUGCAAGAGGUACAUAUUCAAAAAUUACGGUGAUCAGCAUCCUGACCCCCAUAGGAAAUGUUGCCAAAUAGUAAGAGAAUCGAGAAACAUCCAUGCUAUAUGCCAGAAAUUCAUGCACGCGGAUUUGCAUAAGAUCAGUCUAGCCAAGUGGGCUCAUGUUACAUAUUGGUGCGGCAACGGAUUGCACCCAGGGACUAAUUGCGCAGGUUUCAUCGUUCCAGAUUAUAGUGCGCCACCACCUCCAGAACACUCAGCGUAA